GUCAACGUUGAAGCGUCUCCCAUCCGGAAAGACGUGUCGCGUCACCGGAAAAGGCUCAUUGUUCUGGCGGAGACGUAUCCUUGUCACUUUUGUACAACACUCCCACCAUGUGGACAGUUGAUACGACGGCGUGUCGUCCUCGUUGGCCUGACGUAACUUCCGCCACGUGACGUAACUUCCGCCACGUGACUUUUCCCGGGAAAAAUAAUUGGCGCGGACUUUUGUGUUUUUGUGUGCAGCUUCCUCUUAUUCCUCGCGUAGAAGCUGUCAGCGAGCGCACAAAACCGGACGAAAGUCAUGGCUCCCGUCUCUACCAAGGACAAAGACAUAGACGCACCGGAUGGAGACGAUGUGGGUGACUCGUGUGGUCUUGCCAAGUCUCGCUCCAGACGGGAGAAAAGUGAGAAGCUUGGGAGGAAAUCCGCUCUGGAGCAACUAAAAAAGGCCAAGCGAGGGGAGAAGAUCAAAUAUGAGGUGGAGGAGUUUAGCAGUGUGUAUGAGGAAGUGGAUGAGGCACAGUACUCUAAGAUCGUCCGGGACAGACAAGAGGAUGACUGGAUCGUUGAUGAUGAUGGAGUAGGCUACGUGGAGGAUGGCAGAGAGAUUUUUGAUGAUGAUUUGGAUGAUGAUGUGGUGGAACACAAACAAGGAAAUUCUGGCACCAAAGGAGCCACCGCAAAGAAACAAAUAAAUAAAGCAACAGUGGCAAAGCCCAACAGCAUUAAGAGUCUCUUCAUGAACAGUAAUGUCAAGAAGCCAGCAGAGAAAGAUGUGGACUUGUCCAAGGAUGAUCUGUUGGGAGACAUUUUACAAGACCUGCGCUCAGAGAAAAGCACCAUCUUGGCCCCUGUGGUAACAUUGAAGAAAAAGAAAAACCUUGGAUCCCCCCUGAAUCCAUUCUCUGUCAAACCACAGAUGUCCAGGGAGCCAGCUAAGGCCAAAGUCAUCCAUCCACCACCACCACCUGACACCCAGAAGCCACCAGCCACUUUGUCUCCUCCCUCCAAAAGGGCCCCAGCAGCAGUGGAGAAAGAGACAGAAACAGUUGAGAAGGAAGAGCAAGUGGCUCGAGAUCUGGCGUUCGACACUAUGGACUUUGAUGAGCCGAUGGAAGUCGGACCUGAGGAGCCUCCAGAGCCUACGUCUGAAUCUAAAACAGCCUUUGCGGCUCCUGCCAAAAAGGAGCCUCAGGAUGCCACCCUCAUCAAGUCAGGAGGUUUCUGGGGGCUCGAUGAUGGAGAGAGUGCAGUCAGCGAGGCUCCUGCAGAGGUGCAGUUGGACUCACGCAAGCUGCCAUUGGUGGAAGGUCCAGAUGGCGAGCGGGUUUUCCGAUUCUAUUGGCUGGACGCUUUCGAAGACCCUUACAUUCAACCUGGCGUGGUGUACCUGUUUGGGAAGGUGUGGAUAGAGUCGGCCCAGACUCAUACAAGCUGCUGCGUCUCGAUCAGGAACCUAGAACGCACCAUGUAUAUCCUGCCACGUGAAUAUAAAGUGAACCCCAAGACGGGGGAGGUGUCUAAUACGCCCGUUGAAAUGAUGGACGUCUACCAGGAGUUCAGUGAACUUUCUGACAAGUUCAAGAUCAUGAAGUUCAAGUCCAAGAAAGUAGAGAAAAAUUAUGCCUUUGAAAUUCCUGACGUGCCCACGCAAAGCGAGUACCUGGAAGUCCGCUAUUCAGCCGAGUUCCCUGCUCUGCCGCCUGACCUUAAGGGGGCAACAUUUUCGCACAUUUUUGGAACCAACACCUCCAGCUUGGAACAGUUCCUCCUCAGUAGGAAGAUAAAAGGGCCGUGCUGGCUGGACGUGAAGACACCACAGCUGCUCAAUCAGGCUGUCAGCUGGUGCAAAGUCGAGGCUCUUGUCCCGAAGAGCGAUCUGGUCACGGUGGUGAAAGACUUGGCACCGCCCCCCAUCACGGUGAUGUCUAUCAGCCUCAAGACAGUCCAGAACCCCAAGACUCAUCACAAUGAGAUCGUGUCCCUGGCAGCACUUGUCCACCAUCGCUUCCACAUGGACAAACCUCCUCCUCAGCCGCCUUAUCAAACUCAUUUUUGUGUGGUGACUAAACCCUCUGACUGCAUCUUCCCUUACGAUUUCAUGGAUGCACUGAGAAAGAAGAAUGCUAAAGUGGAGAUAGCCACGGCGGAAAGAACUCUACUUGGCUACUUCCUGGCCAAGAUACAGAAAAUUGAUCCUGAUGUACUUGUGGGUCAUGACAUUUUUGGCUUUGACCUUGAAGUGCUUCUGCAGAGAAUCAACUACUGCAAAGUUCCGCACUGGUCCAAGAUAGGACGACUCAGGAGGGCUAACAUGCCUAAACUAGGGGGCCGAGGCGCCUUUGCGGAGAAGAGCGCCACCUGCGGCCGCCUCGUGUGCGACACGGAGAUCUCUGCAAAGGAGUUGAUUCGCUGCAAGAGUUACCAUCUGACCGAGUUGGCCGCGCAGGUGCUGAAGACGGAGCGAGUCACCGUCCCAGAGGAGAGCAUCCGGAAUCUUUACAGUGAUUCUCCUCGUCUGCUCUACCUGCUGGAGCUGACGUGGACCGACGCCAAGCUGAUCCUCCAAAUGAUGUGCGAGCUCAACGUGCUGCCGCUCGCCCUGCAGAUCACCAACAUUGCCGGCAACAUCAUGUCUCGUACUCUGAUGGGCGGUCGGGCCGAAAGAAACGAGUACCUGUUGCUUCACGCCUUCCACGACAAGAACUACAUCGUGCCGGACAAACCGUCCUUUAAGAAAAUUCAGAUGGACACGCAUGAAGGAGAUGAUGAUGUCGAUACUGGCAAAGGGAAGCGUAAGAAGAAGGCUGCCUAUGCAGGAGGGCUGGUGUUGGAUCCUAAAGUUGGUUUCUAUGACAAGUUUGUGCUGCUGCUCGACUUCAACAGCCUGUAUCCUUCCAUCAUACAAGAGUUUAACAUCUGCUUCACCACCGUGCAACGGGAGGCCUCCAGCAAGCAAAAGAGGAAUCGGGAGGAUGAGCCCGAAGAGAUCCCAGAGAUUCCAGAUAGUGACCUGGAAAUGGGAAUCUUGCCCAAGGAGAUCAGGAAGCUGGUGGAACGGCGCAAGAAUGUUAAACAGCUGAUGAAACAACAGGACGUCAACUCGGACCUUUACCUGCAGUAUGACAUCCGUCAGAAGGCGUUGAAGCUAACGGCUAACAGCAUGUACGGCUGCUUGGGAUUUAGCUACAGUCGCUUUUAUGCCAAACCGCUGGCUGCCCUGGUCACCCACAAGGGCAGGGAGAUUCUGAUGCACACCAAAGACCUGGUCCAAAAGAUGAACCUGGAGGUCAUCUAUGGAGAUACCGACUCCAUUAUGAUAAACACCAACAGCCGGUCUAUGGAGGAAGUCUUCAAGCUGGGCAACAAGGUGAAAGCAGAAGUCAACAAGCUGUACAAACUGCUGGAGAUCGACAUUGAUGGCAUAUUCAAAUCACUUCUGCUGCUGAAGAAGAAGAAAUACGCAGCCCUGGUGGUGGAGCAGCACGGCGAUGGGCGCUACGGCGUCAAGCAGGAGCUCAAAGGCCUGGACAUAGUUCGGCGAGAUUGGUGUGACCUGGCAAAGGAAUGUGGCAACUAUGUGAUUGGUCAGAUCCUGUCGGACCAGAGUCGCGACAUCAUUGUGGAGAACAUACAGAAACACCUGGCGGAAGUAGGAGAGAAAGUCGCCGGCGGGGCGAUACCUUUCCAACAAUAUGAAAUCAACAAGGCACUGACCAAAGAUCCCCAGGACUACCCAGAUAAGAAGAGUCUGCCCCACGUCCACGUGGCUCUGUGGAUCAACUCCCAGGGUGGACGCAGGGUCAAAGCUGGUGACACGGUCUCUUAUAUCAUCUGCAAGGAUGGCUCCACGUUGGCAGCCAGUCAAAGAGCGUACGCUUUAGAGCAACUCCAGAAGCAAGACGGUCUCAGUCUGGACACGCAGUACUAUCUGGCCCAGCAGAUCCACCCGGUGGUGUCCCGCAUCUGCGAACCUAUUGAGGGCAUCGACGGCGUGCUCAUAGCCACGUGGCUGGGUCUUGACCCUGGUCAGUUCCGGUCUCAUCAGCUGCACCAAAGAGAGGAGGAGGUGGGCGGCGCUCUCGGAGGACCAAUCCAGCUGACGGACGAGGAGCACUACAAAGACUGCGAGAGGUUCACUUUCACCUGCCCUCAGUGUGGGAAGGAGAACAUUUAUGAAAGCGCGUUUGAAGGAGCCGGACCAACGUUGGAACCCAGCUUUUUGCGAUGCUGCCACGUGCCUUGUGGCGGCCGCCCCAUCGAUUACGCUUUUAACAUCAGCAACAAACUGCUUCUCGACAUCCGACGCCACGUCAAGAAAUACUACUCUGGCUGGUUGGUUUGUGAGGACCAGGCUUGCCAGAACAGGACCAGGCGCUUGCCCAUUGCCUUCUCCCGCCAUGGACCCAUUUGCCCAAGUUGCAGCAAAGCGACACUCCGCCCUGAGUACUCGGAGAAGGCCCUCUACGACCAGAUCUGCUUCUACAGGUUCAUCUUCGACUGGGACUAUGCGAUGAACAAAUUACUACAGGGAGAAGAGAAAACUCGCGCUGGCUUGUGGACCAAAGAAAAGGAGGCAUACCGGAAGCUGAAAGAAGUGCCGGAGAAAGCGCUCGCCAGCAGUAGCUACUCAGAAAUUAACCUGGCCAAACUCUUCCAAGCCUUCACCUCCCUCAAGUAAAAAUGGGAUGCGGGAUGAGAUUUCUUUGUUCAUCUCGUGGUUCUGGGGAAUAUUUUCAACCCCCCCAUCAAUGACAUCGCUCUUUGGUAUCGAGGAAAGGCUCCAGACCGCAUCUCUGCAUCUGCGUGCGUUUGUCACAAGGCAGCAUGAUGAAGGAUGCAAGAGUUGACUUUGGUGUAAGAGAGGGUGGUGGGGGGGGGGGGGGGCACACGUGUUGCCAUCCCGGCAUGGAGCAGCAAAUUUUCUCCCGCACCGCCUCCAUUUGAACGUUUUGGUCCCUUUUCACUCCACUCCUCACUCCCCCUUGCUCCCAGCUUAUCCGAUUAUUGCUUCACGAUGUGUUGUUGUUUUUUUGUUUUUUUUUAUGCUUGUCGUUUUCUGUCAAGCGUUGUCAUUACGCAAGUCAUUUGUGUUGUUGUUUUGAUAUUGUUGAGCGUGUCCUUGAUACUGAAACAUUAAAAAAAGGGAAACAAAUGCGGUCUUGAUCUCGU